AUGAAAUUUUUUUUCGUGGUGGUUUGGUGUAAUUUGGUGGAAAUUGGGGCAGUGCCCAUUGUCAAUGGUUUUUCGCGGCCUAUUGAGCCCCAUUUGGGUGAAUUUCCCUUCCAUGCGAGUUUGAUGCAAUUCAAGCCCGAUAAAACGUACCAUAGUUUUUGCGGUGGUAGUUUGAUUCACCCCAGAUGGGUGUUGACAGCUGCCCAUUGCAUACAAUUGGAUGAGACAAGUCCGGCUUUCAAACCAGGUGAGGUUUUCGUCGCGUUGGGGAGUAUUUACCGGAAUGGGGACAAGGCCCAGGUUUUGGGGGUGGAAAAACUGGUGAUUCACCCCACGUACUUGAAAACAGGGGGUAGGAACGACAUCGGAUUAGUCCGACUCGAGAAAAGUGCAGUUUUGACCCGAAACGUGAAACUCAUCAAAUUGCACACCAACAGUAAGGAGUCUCUACUCAACCAAACCGCGUUUUUGACUGGUUUUGGGAUAAUAAACGACAUGUACGAAACCCCCAUCAGGCUGCGAAAGGCCGUUUUACACGUCACAAAUUACGACAAGUGUUUCAGUGAGGCGCAAUUUCGAAAUGUGGAGAUUUGUGCAGCUUCGAGGAUCGCCGAAGGCAAAGCAUGCAAAGGGGACAGUGGGGGCCCCCUUUUUCUGACACGAAAAGGACAAAAUGUCCAAAUUGGGGUCACAAGUCACUUGGCUUUGUUGCCAUUCUGUAGAGUGGCUUUCAACAAUUCGGUUUAUACCAGAGUUUCGGCUUAUAUCGCGUGGAUUUCCAAAAUAACGGGAAUUAAUUUCGCGAAAUUCAACCAAAAUUAG